AUCCACAAAUGUCUGUGUUGAAGACAUCAGAGUUCCUCUUUCAACCGUGGAAGCGAAGGCAAAAAUACCUACUGAAUAUUUUGACAUCAUCUCUUUCGCUUCACUCUCACUGAUCAAAUCUUUCUCUAUAAAGAGAAGUAAAACACCAGCAGAUUCAGACCAACCACUCCACACAAACACAUACGUUUUCUUUAACUCCUUACAUUCCACUUUACCUUCUGCUUCGAUCAAGCAUAACCUUUGCAGAUAGAUUGAAUGUUGUGAACAAUGGGUUCAUUCAAGGCCUUAUGCAAUGUUUCUCUGCUCCAAUUGUUCAUAGUGCUUCUUUGCCUUGUCUUCCAAUGCUUUGCUACUGACCUGAGAACAACUCUAGUAGUAGAUGCUUCUGAUGCAACUGGAAGGCCAAUACCAGAGACACUUUUUGGCAUAUUCUUUGAGGAGAUCAACCAUGCUGGAGCGGGGGGAUUAUGGGCUGAGCUUGUGAGCAACAGAGGAUUUGAAGCUGGGGGCCCUAACACUCCUUCUAAUAUUGAUCCUUGGACAAUCAUUGGAAAUGAAUCAUCAAUAAUUGUUGAAACUGAUCGUACCUCUUUCUUUGAACGUAACAAGGUUGCACUUCGAUUGGAGGUGUUAUGUGACAGUGAAGGUGACAACACCUGCCCAGAUGAAGGUGUUGGUGUUUAUAACCCUGGUUUCUGGGGCAUGAAUAUUGAGCAAGGAAAGACAUACAAAGUGAUCUUCUAUGUUCGUUCAACUGAAUCACUUAAUCUAACAGUUUCCUUGAAAGGAUCAAAUGGUGUAGGGAACCUGGCUUCAUCUGCAAUCACGGGUACUGCUGAUGAUUUUUCAAACUGGACAAAGGUGGAGACUUUAUUGGUUGCCAAAGCAACAGAUCAUAACUCAAGACUUCAAUUAACGACGACCACCAAAGGUGUGAUAUGGUUGGACCAAGUGUCUGCAAUGCCAGUGGAUACAUAUAAGGGACAUGGUUUCCGAACUGAACUUUUUGAAAUGCUGUCAGCUUUGAAACCCAAAUUUAUCAGAUUUCCAGGUGGCUGUUUCGUUGAAGGAGAAUGGUUAAGAAAUGCAUUUCGGUGGAAGGCAACUGUUGGACCAUGGGAGGAGAGACCUGGACACUUUGGUGAUGUUUGGAUGUAUUGGACUGAUGAUGGACUUGGCUAUUUUGAGUUUCUCCAACUUGCUGAGGACUUGGGUGCUUUACCAAUAUGGGUAUUUAACAAUGGUGUCAGCCACAAUGAUGAAGUUGAUACAUCUGCGGUUUUACCUCUUGUGCAAGAAGCCCUUGAUGGAAUUGAGUUCGCAAGAGGUGAUCCCACUUCAAAAUGGGGUUCUCUUAGAGCCGCUAUGGGACACCCUGAGCCAUUUGAUCUAAGAUAUGUUGCUGUUGGGAAUGAAGAUUGUGGAAAACCGAAAUAUCGAGGAAACUACCUGAAAUUCUAUCAUGCAAUAAGAGCUGCUUAUCCUGAUAUCCAAAUUAUCUCAAACUGUGAUGGUUCUUCUCGGGCUUUAGAUCAUCCAGCUGAUAUGUAUGAUUAUCAUGUAAUGUCUUCACAUAUGUCUUUCAUAACAACUGAUAUGUAUGAUUAUCAUGUUUAUACAACUGCGAAUGACAUGUUUUCUAGAGCUAGCACAUUUGAUCGCACAUCACGAAAUGGUCCAAAGGCUUUUGUAAGUGAGUAUGCUGUGACUGGAAAAGAUGCUGGAACAGGAAGCCUUUUGGCAGCCCUAGCUGAAGCCGGGUUCCUUAUUGGACUCGAAAAGAACAGUGAUGUUAUCGAAAUGGUCAGCUAUGCUCCACUUUUUGUUAAUGCCAAUGACAGGAGGUGGAACCCAGAUGCAAUUGUGUUCAACUCUUAUCAGGCUUAUGGAACUCCUAGCUAUUGGGUGCAAUUAUUUUUCUCAGAGUCAAGUGGAGCAACACUUCUNAGUUCAUCACUUCAAUCGAAUUCCUCUUCCAAUUCAGUCCUUGCAUCAGCAAUAACAUUUCAAAGUUCUGUAGAUAACAAAAAUUAUAUACGAAUAAAGGUUGUGAACUUUGGCACCAGCGCAGUGAACCUGAAGAUCUCCAUUGAUGGACUAGAACCAAAUUCAUUGCAGUUAUCUGGAUCAACAAAGACUGUGCUUACAUCUGGAAAUGUAAUGGAUGAGAACUCCUUCUCACAGCCAAAGAAGGUGGUGCCAAUUAAGAGUGGACUGCAGAAUGUUGGGAAGGACCUGAAUGUGACAGUCCCUGCACGUUCAUUCACAUCAUUUGAUUUGCUGAAAGAAUCCAGCGAUCUGAAGAGGAAGGGGAGUGAUUCUUCUACGUGGUCUUCUAUGUAAUGCAAUGAAAAAUUUGACCAAAAUGCAGAAGAAAAAGUCAAGGCGAAGGAAUGGAAUAUAUGAAUCAGCUGCAACCAACUGUAUAAGAUUUGAAUUAUACCUUGCCAUGUAAAUAAACAAUGAUGCACUGUGAAUAAUAAUAUUUACAUGGAUUCCAUUAAUGCUCAGUAAUUUGUCCA